ACACCUAGAUUAGUUGGUGGUGAUAGAUCUUUGGUUUAAGAUUGUUGUAGAUAACGUCUAUUGGUCUAACAACUACGCCGAAAGUAGAUACCGAGGGUCGCAAACAAACAAAGGCGUCGCAAUACUACUAGCUGCCGUUUGUAACGUCAUCAUAAACGCAAUCUAACGUGUCACCAGUCGCUUCCAUUGACGUUGUUUGGUUCUAAUUUGUGUAUUUGUGGCUUGAUCGGCCAGCAGUUCAUACUGUCACCUGUUGUAGGCUAACCAUGGCAACAGGUAAGGGUCGCUUCGACACCUUUGAUGAUGCUGUCGAAGAGAGAGUCAUUAAUGAAGAGUACAAAAUAUGGAAGAAAAAUACACCAUUUUUAUAUGACCUUGUAAUGACUCAUGCUCUUGAGUGGCCGUCACUAACAGCACAGUGGCUCCCAGAUGUGACCAGGCCUGAGGGGAAAGAUUACAGUGUCCAUCGUUUGAUCUUGGGAACUCAUACCAGUGACGAACAAAAUCAUCUACUCAUUGCAUCUGUUCAGCUACCAAAUGAAGAUGCCCAGUUUGAUGCUUCACAUUAUGACAAUGAAAAAGGAGAAUUUGGUGGCUUUGGUUCCGUGAGUGGGAAAAUUGAAAUUGAAAUAAAAAUCAACCAUGAAGGUGAGGUGAAUCGUGCACGUUAUAUGCCUCAAAAUCCUUGUGUUAUUGCCACAAAAACACCCUCAAGUGAUGUCCUAGUGUUUGAUUACACAAAGCAUCCUUCCAAACCAGAUCCCUCAGGAGAGUGUCAUCCGGAUCUAAGACUUCGUGGACAUCAAAAGGAAGGGUAUGGUUUGUCUUGGAAUCCCAAUCUUAAUGGAUAUCUCCUUAGUGCUUCUGAUGACCAUACUAUAUGUCUUUGGGAUAUAAAUGCUACUCCAAAGGAAAACAGAGUUAUUGAUGCCAAGACUAUCUUCACAGGUCAUACAGCCGUAGUUGAGGAUGUGGCUUGGCAUCUCUUGCACGAAUCACUCUUUGGAUCUGUGGCAGAUGACCAAAAACUGAUGAUUUGGGAUACAAGAAGCAAUAAUACUAACAAGUCAUCACAUACUGUAGAUGCACACACCGCUGAAGUAAACUGCCUUUCUUUCAACCCGUACUCCGAGUUCAUUUUGGCAACUGGCAGUGCAGACAAGACGGUCGCUCUCUGGGAUUUACGUAAUCUGAGCUUGAAGCUUCACUCAUUUGCCAUGCACAAGGACGAAAUCUUCCAGGUUCAAUGGUCUCCACAUAAUGAAACCAUACUAGCAAGUUCUGGCACUGAUCGCAGAUUGCAUGUUUGGGAUUUGAGUAAAAUUGGUGAAGAGCAGAGUGCUGAGGAUGCAGAAGAUGGGCCUCCUGAGUUGCUUUUUAUCCAUGGUGGUCACACUGCUAAGAUUUCCGAUUUCUCUUGGAAUCCAAAUGAACCAUGGGUUAUCUGUUCUGUCAGUGAAGACAAUAUAAUGCAGGUGUGGCAAAUGGCAGAGAACAUUUACAAUGAUGAGGAACCAGAAACCCCUGCCUCAGAGUUGGAAUCAGCAGCAUCGUAGAAUUCUUCUUAGUCAGUGUUGUCAUAUCAUCAUCAUCGUCAUCAUUUCAUUAGUAUUUUCCCUUAGUGUUGUCAUUCAUCAUUUCAUUUUUCACAUAAAAUUUUGAGGAUCAAGAAGGGUAAUUAUGAAAUUUAGCCAGAUUGUUACAUUCUUUAUAGCCAGUUUUGCUUCUUGCUCAGCAUCAUUGAAUUAGGUAACUACAGUGCUGUUACAUUGUCUUGAAACUCCAUAACUACCAUACAGUUCUUAGUGGUCCAGUUGAUGUGUAUGUUGGUGUGACAUGUAGUUCACAUUGAGCUCUUAAAUGUAGUUUCAUCAACAUGUAAAACAUCUGGAUAUUUGCAUUUGUUGUAUUUGAACAUUUUCUAGGUUUUAUCUGUAGAAAUAGACUUUCAGUAAAAUCAUGUUCCCAUUCCAUAAAUUUUAUUUUAAUCUUUUGUUCAAAUUCAUGGAAAUUCAUUUCUUAAUUAAAGAAAAUAAAAAAUUUAGCUUUUUAAUGACCCAACUUUGUUCAGGUAAUGUAUUUAGUUUAAGUUAAAUAGUUUGGUAACUACUAUAAGUAGAUGUUGAGAUUUAAAAUAUUUUCAGCAAUUUUUUCCACAACAGGGAUAAGUUUGGUUUUUAAAAGUUGUUGGAUGGUUUGCUCUUUUAUGUAUGACACUCCCAGCUAGCCCUGCUAUCCAAUAGCAGCUGUGGGGACUUGAUGAGAUGAGAGUGGGGUUGUUAAUAACUUCCAGACUGAUGGCAGGUCAGUGAUCUACCACAUGUAAACAUUUUUUCUUGCUUUAAAUUCUAAGAGGUAGUCCAUUAAGAACACACUAUUGUCUCCCAUUUAGCUCUGUAAUAAAAACUUGACACAAGAUAAAAUCUUACAUGACAGCAUACUAGAGAUUAUUCUCAAAUAAUAACCAUGGUAUAGCUGAAGAACUGAUGUAUAUGAAUUAUGAUUGGCCCAUAAUGGACAGGCAUGAUCAUAUGAGAAUCUAUGACAGGGUUUGAGCGAGUGAAGGGCUAACUCAUGAGUAUUAAUAUUACACGCCACAUGAUUUUGAUGAAUUUAGAAAAAAUUUAUAUCACUUCAAUGGUCCAUAAAUGAAUGCCAGCAAAUUUAGUAGCUCAGCACAGGACAGGGAUUGGUGUCUUGAAGCAGCGGGGAAUGUAAUGCCCCCCUAUAUCCCAUGACGUCUGUUUAUUUACUUGCUUAUAAAUAUUCCCGGGGAUUCCUGUUGGUUUUAGCUCAUCUUCUAUGAUAGUAUGUUGGCUAUAAUUGUAAUUUUGCAUAGAAAUAGAAAAACUUGUACCUCACAAAAAGUUAUUGCAACUCCCCAUUUCUGUCAAUCUACUACUUUACAACAAAUAUACUUGGAUUUUG